UAAGGUUCAAAUCCGUCUCUUUCAUUUCCUCCGCUAUCCGAUACGGAUAAUCUCUCUCUCUCAGGAUUGAAGUUUCUAGGGUUCGUCGUUUUGCGAAGCUGUGGUGUUCGCGAUGGACGAAGAAGACGCAGAGAUUCCCCAACAAUCGAAUCCAAUCGAAGAUCCCGAGGCGAAUCCUCCGCUCUCGGGCGACGUUGAUUCGACCCUGGAUGCUGCAGCUUCUUCUUCUUCACCCACGGAGCUCGAUUCAUCGCUUACUAACGACGACGACGACGGCGGUGGUGGCUGCGCUAGGGUUUCCGAGAGCGAGAGAUCGGAGAACGCCGAUCUCGUUACGCGUAACGAGGAGGAAGAAGAAGAUGACGUAAGCGAAACGGAGGAUGCGAUUGAGAAGUCUUCUGACGACGAUGAUCAAUCUAGCGAGCUUGGAUCCGGAGCUGAUGACGUGGCGUUCGUUGAAGCAAAGCGAGGAGGAGGAGCUUUGGAGAAGAAACCUUCCGUUACGGAUUACAAAUCCCUCUUAUCCGAGUUCGAUGAUUACGUGGCGAGCGAGAAGAUGGGCUCCGGAGUGUCCCGGGCGUUGAGCUACGGGUUCCAAGUGGGGGAUUUGGUGUGGGGGAAAGUAAAGUCUCAUCCUUGGUGGCCUGGUCACAUCUUCAACGAAGCCUUCGCUUCUCCCUCCGUUCGCCGCAUGAGGAGAGUGGACCAUGUCCUAGUAGCGUUUUUCGGUGAUAGUAGCUACGGAUGGUUUGAUCCCGCUGAGCUUAUCCCCUUCGAGCCUCAUUUAUCCGACAAGGCGCACCAGACUGCUGCCAAGCACUUUGUGAGAGCGGUUGAGGAAGCUGUGGACGAGGCUAGUAGAAGGUCGGCACUUGGGCUGACUUGUAAAUGCAGGAAUCCUUAUAACUUUAGGGCUACUAAUGUUCAUGAUUACUUUACUGUUGAUGUUCCGGAUUACGAGGUUCAAGGGGUUUACUCUGGGGAGCAGAUUAUGAAAGCGAGGGAUGAGUUUUCGCCUGUUGAGGCUCUCUCGUUUGUGAAGGAGUUGGCUUUAGCGCCUCAGGAGCGUGAUGAUGUUGAAGAGAGUUUAGCUUUUUUGAAGAAGAAAGCGGUGGUUUGUGCUUUUAGGAAGGCGGUGUUUGAGGAGUUUGAUGAAACUUAUUCGCAGGCGUUUGGGACGAAGUCUAUGCGCACUUCGGUGACUUUGAAUGAACCCCAUAAUAGAACACCCUCUCGAGCUCCCUUGAGUGGCCCGCUGGUGAUAGCAGAAACUCUAGGUGUACCAAAGAGCUCUAAGACCCCCACAAAGGUUAAGGAUUCGAAGAAACAAGACAAGUAUCUUCUCAAACGAAGAGAUGAAGCUGGUGAUAAGACUGUUCCAUUUGGCCAAGCUGAAGCAAGUUCAAGUACGGGCGACUCUGUGCUACGGAGAAGAGCGUCAACGCUUCAAAGUCCAAUGAAAGAUGAGCAGCCAGGGAUUGUGAGCAUGGAUGUUAACUCUUCUAGUGCAGCUAUUCCUGGGAAAGAAAGUUCUGUUCCGAAGCUCUCUCUUGAUGAAGAAAAGGAUGCAGCUGAAGAAUCAGCAGAGAGAAAGGAAGAAAGAAGUGUAGUAAAUCCAGAGCAUGAGCCUCAUAAGCAAGAGACUGGACCAGAUUCUGGAUCAGCUGGAAGCUCUCUCCAGCCUAUGAGUGAGUCUCCUCGAGGUUCUCAUACCUCAGCAUCUGAAGGGAAGAGUUCCACAGGAUCUCUAAUCAAGAAACUCAAAGUUGCUAAACGAUCUUCAAGCGAAAUGGGCACUUCUGAGAAUCCUCCUUCAGAGCCAGUAAAGAAAAAGAAAAAGAUGAAAGAGCCUAACCCUAAUCUUCCGAAAAAGAGAAAGCAUCCAUUAUCUUCUGGUGAGCCUGGAGCCAAGAAAUUGUCCCAGCUUGGUUCAGCGCACUUACAUACCUAUAUGGAAGCUGAUGUGCCGAAGCUACUGGGUCAUCUUCAAGAUCUCUCUCUUGACCCUUUCUCUGGUUCAACAGUUGUUUCUUUUGGAGCUGCUAGGAAGUUUUUUCUCCGUUUCCGUUCACUUAAUUACCAGAAAAGCUUGUCUGUAUCUUCUUCUGAUGCUAAUGCCAGAGACACAAACCUCUCAAAACCUGGCAAGUCUGUGAACAGAAUCGAAGACCCAUCAAAAGCUGGCAAAAAACGCCUCUCUUCUGAUCGUCAAGACGAAAUCCCAUUAGUUAAGAAGCUGAAGAAAACUAAUCAGUUGAAACCAAUGGCUUCUGAGAAGAAGAUCAAACUAGAAGCAAAGGACAGUGUGAAACCAGUAAGAGAGCAAAGCGGUGCGGUUCAAGCAAGACCAUCAAAACUUCAAACCGGGAAGAAACCGGCUUCAUCAGCAAAAGUGGUGGAACCCACAAUGCUGGUCAUGAAGUUUCCACCAGGCACGUCUCUUCCUUCGCCUGCACUGCUAAAAGCGAGGUUUGGUCGGUUCGGGCUGUUGGAUCAAUCAGCCAUCAGGGUUUUCUGGAAAUCAUCGACCUGCCGUGUUGUCUUCCUGUACAAAGCAGAUGCACAGACUGCUUUUAGAUAUGCAACGGGAAACAACUCUCUCUUUGGAAACGUGAACGUGAGGUACUUCCUACGUGACGUGGAUGCUCCUAAAGCCGAGCCUCAAGAACCAGAAAACACAAAGGAAGAUGAUGAACAACCACAGAGCCAAAUGCCAGACCAAGCAUCGCCACGUCAUCAACCGAAAUUACCACCACCAUUAAAGAGCAACCUCAAAUCCUGCCUGAAGAAACUGGGAGAUGACACUAGCAGUAACCGCCCAAGAGUCAAAUUCAUGUUGGACGGUGAAGAAAACUCGAGUAAAGCAACCAAUGAGCCACCAAAUAGAAACGAUGGACCUUCUUCUUCAUCAUCAUCAUCUUUUGGAAUGGAAUUUGUUAGUAAGAAGUUUCAAAACGUUCAGCUUCCUCCUUCAACAUUGCCACCAAUUCUCCCUCUCCCUCCACAGUACUCAAAACCCAUUAAAACAGUGGACCAUGUCGAACCACCUAUGCCACCACCACCACCACCUUCCAAAAACUUCCCUGGUCCGAGCGCAGCGGUUGGUGCAGGAGACAUCUCUCACCAAAUGCUCAACCUUUUGUCGAAAUGCAACGACGUUGUGGCUAAUGUGACGGGCUUGUUGGGCUAUGUUCCUUACCACCCAUUGUGAAAAAAAACAAACAAAGCCCUUUGAGAGAUCAAAAGUAUUGUUGUUUUGUAGUAUCCGUGUUUGGUUUUUGGUUGAUAUAUUGUGUGUUAGAUGUUGAGUCAACUUUUAUUAUUUGUUUCAGUCAUGAAUUACAAUGGAUCUUUGCAAACUCCCA